ACACAUAAACAUUUGAAAUCAGCUUCUCGACACAGAAUUAUCAAUGAUGCUUUGUGUUGCAAAGUCUCCAUCAGCUCUCGGAUAUCGUUUUCCCAAUAUUAAAUCCAUCCUGAUGGUAUAUGUUGGAAACUAACUUAUCGCAGAAAAACAGCUUGUAUCAUACGUCUGCAGUCAUCUCGUCGCUGGUAGAGACCGCUACGCUGUCACCGAGACUUAAAGGCAGUCGGGAGGACAUCGCAAUGAUCGCCGACCACUUGAACCGGCGGAGGUGUUCUCGAUUGGGACAACUGGGAGGCAUAGUCUCUCUACCUUUUCCUGCGACACAGACAACGUUCACCGAUCUAUGCUGCAACUUCUCCACUGGUUUGUCAAAUAAGGACGAGCUUUCAGUUUUUGCGAAGCGAAACGUGACUCAAGGGUUGCAGGAUAAAGACCUGGCAGCAUUCGAUGCAUGGUGUGACUUGUCAUCGCUACAAUCUCCAGACUUUUUUCCGUCCAUAUUCCGGCACACUAAACCAACGUCGAUGAGGGUGACUUUAUCGCUUGUCACAGCACCUUUUACAUUGAUCCCGCUUACGGGGUAUGCUAGGUUUGUGGAACAAACUGCAAGGACGAGGACGAGUAAUGGUGUGCUUAUGAGCAUAGGCCUGGAGAGCGAUGACGCCAAAGAGCUUGCUAGUGCGUCGUGGGAGAUCGUCGAUGGUCACGGCAAUGAUAGGAUGGACGAAGGGAGUGAUUGAGAAAUAUCAUCCUAUUCGGAGAUAAUAGUGCAGCGACCCGAAACAAGUGGUACAUGAUUAUGC